AUGGAGUUACUACUACCGGUCGUGCUGCAUGGACCAACAAUGGUUCGCAACCUGAUGAAGGUUUCCAAGCUGCAGUUCGGGAGAAGGGCGGCUUUCACCUGCAAUGUGACUGUCAGAAUAAAUCGUAACUGGUGCUUGUUACCUUACCAACAGCAUAGGCCUUCCAUAAACCCUGUGAACACCACAGCUGGUUUUGUGCAUCGGUUGCUCUUUGAGAGCGGGUUCCAGUUCAACGCCAUGGUAGAGUCCUCUCUCGUGGACGCAUAUGGCAAAUGCAAGAACGUCAGUGCUGCAACGACAGUGUUUAGCUCCAUGACGGACAAGACCAACGUGGUGUCUUGGAACGCUUUCAACAGAGCUUUGGCCAGCAGCAGAGAUGCGAGUGGAGCUCUUCAAACGUUUCGAAGCUUGCUGCUCCAAGGCUUGGUUCCCGACACGGUUACGUUCAUCAAUGCCAGCCAGGGAGCGAGAACUCCUCCGGAUGCAAAGUAUCUUGAAACUUGCCGCCAGGAGGGUGGGGUUCAACUGGACAUAGCUCUCGGCAACGCUCUCAUCAACAUGUUUGGCGGCAGCAGCCAGGGUUGCGAAGCUCGGAGAGUUUUCGAUGCGACUCACAGUCACAACAAGAACAUCUCGUUCACGUCGGUUCUAAGCUCGUGUGCGAACCUCGAGAACCUCCGGGAAGGAAAGCUAGCACACGCAGCAGCAGUGGAAGCUGGCCUGGAGUUUGCAGUGCCCGUAGCUGCUACGCUCAUCCAGAUGUACUCCAAGUGCCACUGCCUCGAAGAAGCCAGGGACAUUUUCAGCCGGAGUCCAUCCUCGGACGUGGUAGCGUGGACUGUGAUGAUCUCGGCCUAUGCUCAGAACGGUCGACCCCAGGAAGCCAUCGCUCUCUUCUUCCGCAUAACAGUCCCGCCAGAUGGCGUUGGCUUUGCCACCGCUCUGGAAGCCUGUGCGAGAGCCGAGAACUUGGAGGCCGGAGUGGUCCGAGCAAAGAUCGUGGAACUCGGGCUGGACGCUGAGAGGGCGGUGGCCGACGCGGUGCUGGACCUAUACGGCAAGUGUGCCGAGAUCGUCGAGACAGCGGAGAUCUUCGACAGGAUGAGGCAGCGAGACAGAGUUUCGUGGAACACUAUGGUGGCGGCGUAUGCCCGAGCCGGGCAUACCGCCGGGAGCCUGUGGUGCUUCCGGGCGAUGCAGCUGGAGGGCGUUUGUCCGAGCGAGGUGAGCUUGGUGAGCGUGCUCUCGACAUACAGCCACGCGGGUCUCGUCGAGCAGGGCUGCCAGUGCUUCGCCUCCAUCGCGAGUGACUAUGGGAUGGUUCCAUCGCGCGAGCAGCAGGGGUGUGUGGUGGAUCUCCUGGGCCGAGCGGGGUCGUGGAUUGCGGAGGAUUUGAUCCGGGUGGUGGCUCCAUCCACGUCGAGCUCCGAGCUGUGGAAGGCGGUGUUGAGCUCUUGCAGGAUCCACUCGGACGUGGAGCUGGGCGACUGCGCGGCUGCUUGCGUUCUGGAGAUGGAUCCUGGCAGUGACUCCGCUCAUAUCAUCUUGUCCAAUAUCUAUGCUAUGGAUCAUCCAACUUAG